UGUUUCACUUCAUUAGGUUCUUGUAUGAUAUGUUUGAUUGUGUUGUGCGAUAAGAUCCGUAUAGACCCCGACAACAUCGCGACCCCUAUCGCCGCCAGUCUGGGAGACGUGACAACUGCCGCACUGUUGGCAUGUUUUGCUGAAUUGAUUCACAACCACACGUCAAAUACGGAUCAAUUCCCGUAUAUAGCGAUCUCAAUCAUAUUGUUCUUUCUGGCGCUGUUGCCGUUGUGGCUGUAUUUGGCGACCAUUAACGAGUACACUCGUGAUGUGGUCACCAGUGGAUGGUAUCCUGUGAUUGCGGCGAUGAUGAUCUCAAGUUGUGGCGGAUUUAUACUCGAUUACGGUGUUCUCAUUUACAAAAGGAUAGCUUUAUUCCAACCAAUAAUCAAUGGAGUCGGAGGAAAUUUAGUGGCGGUUCACGCGAGUCGUAUUUCGACAUCUCUUCAUAGGUAUGGCAGUCCAGGAGUGCUGUUCCCGGGCUUUCAAGCGUUUACAUCACCGAUUCAGGCGUUCUUCUCAAACAAAGAUAUGAAUAUAAAGACUUCGCGUAUACUACUACUGAUGGCACUGCCGGCACACAUACUAUACAUCGUUGUCAUACGACUGGUCGAUGGAAGUGAUAAAAUGCAAUUAACCACUACUUUCUUUGUCUUCUAUCUGUUCUUUGCAUUACUUCAGGUAUUUAACCAUUUUUGA